AUGACGAUGCAUGUCCUCUGCUUCUUAGUGUUGCUAGCUGCAAUUCAAGGAACACAAGCAGUUGAAUACACUUUCACGAACAACGCCCUUUCAACCCCUGGUGGCGUGCGUUUCCGUGACGCAAUAGGGGAAGAAUACGCCAAGCAAACACUUGACUCCGCCACCCAAUUCAUAUGGGGGGUCUUCCAGCAAAACAAUCCUGCUGAUAGAAAAAAUGUGGAGAAGGUAAGCUUGUUCGUGGAUGACACUAAUGAUGGUGUUGCUGCAUAUACUAUACCUAGCAACGGUGAGAUUCAUGUUACUGCAAAAUAUGUUAAUGAUUAUAACGGGGACGUGAAAACUGAGAUCACAGGGGUGCUAUACCAUGAAAUGGUCCACGUUUGGCAGUGGAAUGGGAAUGGUGCGGCUCCUGUGGGAUUGACUGAAGGUAUAGCAGACUAUGUAAGGCUGAAGGCAAACUAUGCACCUAGCCACUGGAGAAAACCAGGAGAAGGACAGAAAUGGGACCAGGGUUAUGAUGUUACCGCUUAUUUUCUUGAUUAUUGUGGCAGUCUCCGAAGUGGGUUUGUGGCACAAUUGAACCAGCAGAUGAGGAGUGGUUACAGUGAUCAACUCUUUGUUCAGUUGCUGGGUAAGACAGUUGAUCAGCUAUGGCAAGAGUACAAGGCUAAGUAUGGGAAUAUACCCUAG